UGGCCGAUCACUUGGCCACUGAUGCACCGGCGCCCGUCCACGCGAUCCACUCUCCAGCACGUACAUACAUCGCCGUGCGUGAGAGGUGGGCAGGCGUAGACGGGGUAGUUGCCCGCGCGCCGCGGUGAAAGUUAGCGGAAUGUGCCCCACAACGUGUCACGGGCCCCGCCCGGCAAUCAACGCGGGGGGCACUUGCCGAUCAAAGGACAUGGCACGUUGUCACCUCCUUCGGUAUAUAGCGCCCGAACAUGAUGUUGUUCCUCACUCUCCACUCCUCUCCUCAUCCAUUAUCAUGACCGUCUCGAACAACUCCAUGACCGGCGUCGGCCUCGUUACCGGCGGCGCGUCCGGCAUCGGCGCCGCGACCGUCCAGGCGCUCCUUGACGCCGGCGUGCGCCGCAUCCUCGUGGCCGACCGCAACGAGGAGCUGCUGCACAAGUUCCGUGCCCAGCUUACCCAGACGUACGCCGACGCCGACGUCGAGGUCGCUGUUGUGGACGUCAACGUCGAAGACCAGGUCAAAGGCAUGGUCGCCCAGGCCGUCGACAAGUGGGGCCGUAUCGAUUACUGCCUCAAUGCGGCAGGCGUCGCCGGCGGGGGCGGAAAGAUUGGCGAGACCGCCCUUGAGGAGUACGAGCGGGUUAUCAACAUCAACGAGCGUGGCGUCUUCUUGUCGCUCAAGCACCAGCUUGCGCAGAUCUCGAAGCAGGAGCCCUUGAACCCCGGUCCACGUAGCCAGCGUGGCGCGAUCGUCAAUAUCGCCUCGAUUGCCGGGUACAAAGCGAUUCCCGGCGCUGUGGCAUACACGACCGCGAAGCACGCCGUCAUCGGCAUGACCAAGGUUGCCGCGGUCGACUACACUGGCCAGCAGAUCCGUGUCAAUGCUAUUGCCCCAGGAUGGAUCGACACGCCUAUGACCCGAAACUCGCCUGGAGCGGCGCAGAUGCUUCAGUGGGGCACGCAGCCCGAGCGCUGCCCCGCCGGCCGUCCCGCGCAGCCGGAGGAAAUGGCCGAUGUCAUCACCUUCAUGCUCUCCGAGAGGGCCUCUUACGUCAACGGCACUACUUGGCAGGCCGAUGGCGGUCUCAUGACCAAGUAGACGGUUGGAAGGCGUCCAUGACAGGUAAUCCGAAGUUCAAUGCAAUGUGACUACAGUACUUGUGU